UCCGGACUUUGCGUUCCACAUACAGGAAGUGAAUUUUCAUCGACUGUUGCAGCCUCCCAGUGUCCGUGGAGAUCAGGCUCUUCCACAGAUACGGAGACAGUUCCACCGGAGGGGGAGUAUAUAGAGGAGCACAGGGGUCUGUACAAGGACGUGAUGAUGGAGAAUCACCGGCCCCUCACAUCACUGGAUGGACCCAGUAACAGAGAUACCCCAGAGAGAUGUCCCCGUCCUCUGUAUUCCCAGGACUGUACAGAGGAGAAUCACAGGAUCCCACAGGAGGAUCAGGUAGAACGUCUUUCUUGUAUAAAGGCAGAAGAUAUAGAGGGAGAAGAAGAGACCUAUGUGAUUGAUAUGAAAUCAGAAGAUAUAGAGGGAGAAGAAGAGACGUAUGUGACUGAUAUGAAGACAGAAGAUAUAGAGGGAGAAGAAGAGACGUAUGUGACUGAUAUAAAGGCAGAAGAUCUAGAGGGAGAAGAAGAGACGUAUGUGACUGAUAUGAAGGCAGAAGAUAUAGAGGGAGAAGAAGAGACGUAUGUGACUGAUAUAAAGGAAGAAGAUAUAGAGGGAGAAGAAGAGACGUAUGUGACUGAUAUGAAGGCAGAAGAUAUAGAGGGAGAAGAAGAGACGUAUGUGACUGAUAUAAAGGAAGAAGAUAUAGAGGGAGAAGAAGAGACGUAUGUGACUGAUAUGAAGGCAGAAGAUAUAGAGGGAGAAGAAGAGACGUAUGUGACUGAUAUGAAGACAGAAGAUAUAGAGGGAGAAGAAGAGACGUAUGUGACUGAUAUGAAGGCAGAAGAUACAGAGGGAGAAGAAGAGACGUAUGUGACUGAUAUGAAGGCAGAAGAUACAGGGGGAGAAGAGGAGACGUAUGUGAGGGGUGAUCAGCAGUGUAAGGAGGAGGAGAUCCCUACAGAUAUCAGCACAGCAGAUGGACACACAAGCAGGAACAUCUCAGAAGGACAUCUAAUGUUAUCCCCGGAUUGUGACAUAAAAGAUAAUGACAGUAGACAGGAAUCUCCAGGAGAUAUCCCCAUUACCCCAAUUAUACAUCCAGCUCUAUCAGCUGAUCCCCCUGAUCCUGGGGAAUGUUCUCCUGAUCACUCUGAUAUUGGUGCAUCUGUUACAGCUCUGAGAGUAGAUACAGUGUUUCCCUGUUCUAUAGAUGCCAAAUGUUUUACACAGAACACAAAGCGUAUUACCAAUCAGCCAGCUAAGGCAGGUGAGAGGCCACUGAUAUGUUCUGAGUGUGGGAAAUGUUUUACAUAUAAAUCACAUCUUGUUACACAUCAGAGAAGUCACUCAGGUGAGAGGCCGUAUUCCUGUUCUGAGUGUGGGAAAUGUUUCGCACAUAAAUCAGUUCUUGUUACACAUCAGAGAAGUCACACAGGUGAGAAGCCGUAUUACUGUUCUGAGUGUGGGAAAUGUUUUGCAUGGAACUCAAAUCUUGUUACACAUCAGAGAAGUCACACAGGUGAGAAGCCGUUUUCCUGUUCGGAGUGUGGGAAAUGUUUUGCAUAUAAACCAGUUCUUGUUACACAUCAGAUAAGUCACACAGGUGAGAAGCCGUAUUCCUGUUCUGAGUGUAGGAAAGGUUUUGCACGGAAGUCAGAUCUUGUUGCACAUCAGAGAAGUCACACAGGUGAGAAGCUAUUUCCAUGUUCUGAGUGUGGGAAAUGUUUUACACAGAAAUCAGCUCUUGAUAAACAUGAGAGAAGUCACACAGGUGAGAAGCCGUAUUCCUGUUCUGAGUGUAGAAAAUGUUUUGCACGGAAAUCAGCUCUUGUUACACAUCAAAGAAGUCACACAGGUGAGAGGCCAUUUUCCUGUUCUGAGUGUGGGAAAUGUUUUACACAGAAAUCAGCUCUUGUUACACAUCAGAGAAGUCACACAGGUGAGAAGCCAUAUUCCUGUUCUGAGUGUAGGAAAUGUUUUCCACGGAAAUCAGAUCUUGUUUUACAUCAGAGAAGUCACACAGGUGAGAAGCCAUUUCCAUGUUCUGAGUGUGGGAAAUGUUUUACACAGAAAUCAGCUCUUGAUAAACAUGAGAGAAGUCACACAGGUGAGAAGCCAUAUUCCUGUUCUGAGUGUGGGAAAUGUUUUGCAUCUAAAUCACAUUUUGUUAUUCAUCAGCAUACUCACACAGGUGAGAAGCCGUAUUCCUGUUCUGAGUGUGGGAAAUGUUUUACACAGAAAUCAGCUCUUGUUACACAUCAGAGAAGUCACACAGGCGAGAAGCCGUACUCCUGUUCUGAGUGUGGGAAAUGUUUUACACAGAAACCAGCUCUGGUUACACAUCAGAGAAGUCACACAGGUGAGAAGCCGUACUCCUGUUCUGAGUGUGGGAAAUGUUUUGCAUGGAAAUCAGUUCUUGUUAAUCAUCAGCGAUUUCACACAGGUGAGAGGCCACUGAUAUGUUCUGAGUGUGGAAAAUGUUUUACAUACAAAUCACAGCUUGUUAUACAUCAGAAAAGUCACACAGGUGAGAAGCCAUUUUCUUGCUCUGAGUGUGGGAAAUGUUUUGCACAGAAAUCACAUCUUAUUAAUCAUGAGAGAAGUCACACAGGUGAGAGGCCAUUUUCUUGCUCUGAGUGUGGGAAAUGUUUUGCAUGGAAAUCACAUCUUGUUAUACAUCAGAAAAGUCACACAGGUGAGAAGCCAUUUUCUUGCUCUGAGUGUGGGAAAUGUUUUGCACGGAAAUCACAUCUUGUUAUACAUCAGAAAAGUCACACAGGCGAGAGGGCAUUUUCUUGCUCUGAGUGUGGGAAAUGUUUUGUACGGAAAUCACAUCUUAUUAAUCAUGAGAGAAGUCACACAGGUGAGAAGCCAUUUUCUUGCUCGGAGUGUGGGAAAUGUUUUGCACAGAAAUCACAUCUUAUUAAUCAUGAGAGAAGUCACACAGGUGAGAAGCCAUUUUCUUGCUCGGAGUGUGGGAAAUGUUUUGCACAGAAAUCACAUCUUAUUAAUCAUGAGAGAAGUCACACAGGUGAGAGGCCAUUUUCUUGCUCUGAGUGUGGGAAAUGUUUUGCACUCAAAUCAAAUCUUGUUAUACAUCUCAGAAGUCACACAGGUAAGAAUCCAUUUUCUUGCUCUGAGUGUGGGAAAUGUUGUCUAACAAGAUGUGAUUUACUUACACAUCACAGAAGUCACACAGGUGAGAAGCCAUUUCUAUACGAGGCGGCUUCUGAUGCUGGUAUCCUGGCGGCCAAGGCUUCUACAAAGUCCGUUCUGGCCCGCCAGAUUUUAUGGCUGCAGUCCUGGUCUGCGGAUCUGGACUCUAAGAAAACCCUGGAUGUACUACCUUUUAAGGGAGAUAUCCUUUUCGGAGAGGACCUUAAUAAGAGAGUGGCUGAUUUGGCAUCUGCUAAAACAGCCUGUCUGCCAAGUACUCAAGCAGCAUUCGUGGAUGCGCUGGCGGUUCCAUGGACCUUUCGGCUGCUGUACGUGUUCCAUCCGGUGUUACUUCUGCCCAAGGAGCGGGAGUAUAUAGAGGAACACAGGGGUCUGUACAAGGACGUGAUGAUGGAGAAUCACCGGCCCCUCACAUCUCUGGAUAAGAGGAGACUGUCAUGUAUUGUACAGGGGAGAGCAGAAGGACCCAGUAACAGAGUUACCCCAGAGAGAUGUCCCCGUCCUCUGUAUUCCCAGGAUUGUACAGAGGAGAAUCACAGGACCCCACAGGAGGAUCAGGAUGAAGCCCAAUUAAAUAAUAUUAAAAUCAAAGAUACAGAGGGAGAAGAAGAGACGUAUGUGACUGAUAAGGAGGCAGAAGAUAUAGAGGGAGAAGAAGAGACGUAUGUGACUGAUAUAAAGGCAGAAGAUAUAGCGGAAGAAGAAGAGACGUAUGUGACUGAUAUGAAGGCAGAAGAUAUAGCGGGAGAAGAAGAGACGUAUGUGACUGAUAUAAAGGCAGAAGAUAUAGAUAUAGAAGGAGAAGAAGAGACGUACAUUACUGAUAUGAAGGCAGAAGAAGAGACGUGUGUAACUGAUAUAAAGGCAGAAGGUAUAGAUGGAGAAGAAGAGACAUAUGUGACUGAUAUAAAGGCAGAAGAUAUAGAGGGAGAAGAAGAGACAUAUGUGAGGGGUGAUCAGCAGUGUAAGGAGGAGGAGAUCCCUACAGAUAUCAGCACAGCAGAUGGACAUACAAGCAGGAAUAUCUCAGAAGGACAUCUAAUGUUAUCCCCGGAUUGUGACAUAAAAGAUAAUGACAGUAGACAGGAUUCUCCAGGAGAUAACCCCAUUACCCCAAUUAUACAUCCAGCUCUAUCAGCUGAUCCCUGUGAUCCUGGGAAAUGUUCUCCUGAUCACUCUGAUAUUGGUGCAUCUGUUACAGCUCUGAGAGUAAAUACAGUGAUUCCCUGUUCUAUAGAUGCCAAAUGUUUUACACAGAACACAAAGCCUAUUACCCAUCAGACAGGUAAGGAAGGUGAGAGGCCAUUUCCAUGUUCUGAGUGUGAGAAAUCUUUUACAUACAAAUCAUAUCUUCUUAGACAUAACAGAAGUCACACAGGUGAGAAGCCAUUUCCAUGUUCUGAGUGUGGGAAAGGUUUUGCACACAGAUCACAACUUGCUACCCAUCAGCAAAGUCACACAGGUGAGAAUCCAUUUCCAUGCUCUGAGUGUGGGAAAUGUUUUGCACACAAAUCAGUUCUUGUUAAACAUCAUAGAAGUCACACAGGUGAGAAGCCAUUUCCAUGUUCUGAGUGUGGGAAAUGUUUUGCACUUAAAUCAUAUCUUGUUAAACAUCAUAGAAGUCACACAGGUGAGAAGCCAUUUUCUUGCUCUGAGUGCGGGAAAAGUUUUACCUGGAAAUCCAAACUUGUUGUACAUCAGAGAAGUCACACAGGUGAGAAGCCAUUUCCAUGUUCUGAGUGUGGGAUAUGUUGUGUAAGUAAAUCAGAACUUGUUACACAUCUGCGCAGUCACACAGGUGAGAAACCUUUUCCAUGUUCUGAGUGUGGGAAAUGUUUUGCAUGUAAAUCACAUCUUGUUAUACAUCAGAGAUGUCACACAGCUGAGAAGCCAUUUCCAUGUUCUGAGUGUGGGAAAUGUUUUACACGUAAAUCAUAUCUUGUUACACAUCAGAGAAUACACACAGGUGAUCAGCCAUUUUCUUGCUCUGAGUGCGGGAAAAGUUUUACCUGGAAAUCCAAACUUGUUACCCAUCAGCAAAGUCACACAGGUGAGAAGGCAUUUCCAUGUUCUGAGUGUGGGAAAGGUUUUGCACACAAAUCACAUCUUGUUACACAUCAGCGAAGUCACACAGGUGAGAAGCCAUUUUCUUGCGCUGAGUGCGGGAAAUGUUUUACACAAAAAUCAAAUCUUGUUAUACAUCACAGAAGUCACACAGGUGAGAAGCCAUUUCUAUACUCUGAGAAAUAAAUCAUCUCUUGUUGCACACAAUAGACAUCACUCAGGUGAGGAACCAUUUUAAUCUUCUGGAGUAUACUCAUCAAUGCCAUGCAUUGUUCUUCAAGGUGCUUAUCCUAUCUCCUAUGCUUUUUGCAAUAUACAUGUUACCACUGGGUGAAAUAAUCAGAUGUCAUGCCCUCAUCUACCACUGCUAUACAGAUGACCUGUCUUUGCUCUAGGUACUGAGAGCCCAGUACCAAUCCUAAAUGGUUGUCUAGCUGAGCUCCAGGUGUGGGUGAUGCCAGUUGGCUGUGAUUCAGUCCUGGUGAAACAGGUCUUUAAGCUCACCACCAAAGGGCAGCGCUACAGUUCAGCUUUGCAAACCAACCAGACUUACGCUUGGGGGUUCAGAGUUACAAAAUGCUGAUCAUGUGCAGAAUCUUGGUGUCCUGGAUAGUGGAGUGACACUUAGACAUCAGUAUCUGCCACUAUCAGAUCCUCAUCUGAGGAACAUAGCCAGACUCCAACACUUUAUUCCCUCAGAAGAUCUACCUACAGUCAUACAUGCACUUGUAUCAUCACACAUAGACUACUGCAAUGUCCUCUAUCUGGGUCUCCCAGCAAAAGAGUUGCACCGCUUGUAGCUUGUACAGAAUGCAGCAGCCAGGCUGUUACCUAACCAGCCCGUUCCUGCCACAUAACACCCAUUCUCUGCUCCCUUCACCGGCUGCCUGUAAGAUGGUGACUCUAUUACAUAAUCUGACUGACUCCCAAUUCUACAUGACCAGGGUCCAUGGUACCAGAAGCAGCUUCUGCCUCCUUACUGCCCUGUUUCUUCCAUCUGCAGAUGAAGGACUGUUACCAGCAGUACCAAGAAUCCCCAAGAAGUUCUGAGAUGUCAGAGGUGGAGACAGGGUGGGUGGCACUAGUGCCGUAGCGGGGGCUGCCGGAGGCACUAUCUGUGGGUAAUAUUGUCCCCAAGCAGCGCUAAGGUGUCAGAGGGGAGACAGGGCAGUGGCAG